CGUGAUUCCAAGGAAUGUUUGGAUUCUAAAUGGUUGAUAUAGUGAAAUUGGCCCUGCCUUUCGGGGGCAUUAUUGUUCGUUUAGCCCUAAUUCACCAUUCCCAAUGUUGAGCUGCGAUUUGAGGAGUUUGUCGACGAUGAAUGAGGAUAGAAUCGAGGAGACUAGUUUGGUUGAACUGAAGAAGGUGGCCAAUGAUCAACAAGAGUUGGAUACUUCGGAUUUGGUGGUCUUGGGUUUUGGUGGAGGAGAACAGAUUGAGGAGGAGGAGGAGCGGGAGCGUGGUGGUAGCCUCAGGUUGUGGCAAACGAUUUCUUCCAAGCCGAUUGAUGCAAAGAGUGGGAUAAAGGAUUAGGGCGUGUUUCCUUUGGUGCGGUGGAGAAGGGGAAGGGGCACAGGCGAAGCACUUGUCGGAGAAAGGAUUGUGGCUGGGUUGGGUUUACUAUGGGUCAUGGGUUGGAAAAAUGGGUUGGGUUAUGAUUUUAAUAACGUGACGAGUUGUGAUGAUGUGGUGGGUCGGGUUUAGUAUUUUUUGGGUUAAAACCGGCUGAUUAGGCGAUUCCGUUUGGCACAUUAGCACUUAGCGGACUUCAUUAACGGAGUUGGACGGAGACUAACGGAGAGUGACCAAACAUGACAUGUUUUACUAAACUUAGUGACCAUUCUUGAUAUUAAUUUUUUUCAGUAACUAAAAAUGAUACGUUUUAGUAAUAUAAGUGACCGAAUGUGGCAUUUACCCUUACUAUAAUACUCUUAUAAUUAGUGUUAGUAGAGUGCUAACAUUAAGAGGUGUUAACUCCCCAUCCAUCCAGCCCUAUAAAUGUCUACAUUAGCA